AUGUCUGCACGGGAAGUGGAACUGACGGGCGGCGCGCCGUGGGGCUUCCGAAUGCAUGGCGGCGCUGAUCAGAAUCAGCCAUUAAGAAUAUCGAGAGUGAACCCCGGCCGCAAGGCUUCGUUGAGUGGGAUCCGUGAAGGAGAUGUCAUCACUUCGAUCAACGGCAAUCAGACGAAAGACAUGAGCAAUGCUGAUGCACACGCAAUGCUCCGAGCAGCUGGACCCGUGCUCAGACUUGGACUUAAUGAAGACAGAGAGUUGUCACCGCGAAGAAGAUCAAUUGGAAAAUCUUCGGAGUUAAAAAGGCCAUCGCAACUAAUCUCCGAGAUAAAUAGCGGAAGAGCAACUCCGCAAGCGCCUGUCUACGCUACAAUCCGGCCACCGCAGUCUCCGCAUAAUAAACUUUCGUCUCCGAUACGAUCACUAAACUCGCCACUGUCAACUCUAAAUUCAACACCGCUUGUAAAGUCCAUCGCUCCUUCGGAAGAACUCCCAAAGUUUCACCCAACUAACCCUUUCUAUUCUACGUUACCAAAUUACACGAGUGCUUCCAAACUACCCAUCCCGAACGGCAAAACUGCAAACGCUCAAUCUUCAUUAUACAAUAGAUCAAAUAAUAGAUCCACAGAUUCUUAUAACAAAAACAGUGAGCAUGACUUAAAGUUGUCUUCAUUUUUUUCGAAGAAAUUUGACUCUGGACCAAGCAGCAUACCCAAUACGAACUAUGAUGACUAUAAGUCGUUUGAAACAACUUCUCCAAAGAGUAUCACAAAUGAUAAAUAUAAUUCUCUUACUGACGGUCAUGUAAAAUCGUCAGAAUUUAAUAUAAAUAUUAGUAAAGAAGAUAAAAAUCCAUUUGAGACAGUUACAGGCGAACAUCUACGAAUGGGUCGAAACAACUGUAUUAUUCAAAAAGUGACGGUGACUUUCGUUUUGACGAAGAAGUAA